AUGUCACAGUCCGAUGUGAAAUUUGUUACGCGUUUCAUUCCACCCGAUCACAUUAGUUCAGUUACUUUUUCUGAUGCUGAUACAAAGAGAUUAGAUGAAAUUCAUUUAUUUCUCACAAUCUUCGACAUUCGACGAUUUAAUGGACUGAAAUCGUUAAAUUUUGGUCAAACUAAUGCACAAAGCAGACAAAAACUUACUAUUCUUUCGAAGAUUAUCGAUCAGCACAAUCUUUUCCCAUUACGUCUCAGUAAUCUCGAUUAUCUAGUUGGACAUAUAUUCAGACCAGUUCAACACGUAUUGAAACAUCUAGCGAUUCAUAUUUGUACUUAUUACCAAUAUCGAAAUAUUCUUCAUAGUUUACCUAAUUUACAAACGUUCCAAGUAGAAUAUUGCGAUAAUAAUGACAAUGAUGAAACUGUUAGAUCGUCAGCAAUUGACAGAACAUAUCACCAAUUAAAAUCUUUGACCAUAUAUAAUUGUCAGUUACCGAUUGAAUAUUUAAGAUUGUUUCUUUUAUUAACACCUGUCCUUGUUAAUCUUAAAUUAAUAUCUCCUAGAAAAGUGUAUGGACCUGUCUUUGAUGGUUCUUUUUGGGAACAAUUUAUUCAAAUUCGAUUAACACAAUUAAAAAAAUUUGAAUUUUUCUUUGUGUAUCCUGUUCAAAGAAAUCUUCCUGUUCAUAGUGUCAACUCAAUCAUUGCUACAUUCAGAACAUCAUUCUGGAUAAAUGACAAACAUUGGUUUGCUACUUGUGAUCAUGUUGUAAAAACAUCUCAAAUCAUCCUUUACACUAAACCAAUUUGUAUGAAUGAUUGCGAGAUUUUAGUAAGAUGUGAGACUUUGCCAUUGAACAGUGUUUGCCGUCUCAUCAAGCAUCGAACAAAUGGAAGGGAUGAUAUUAUUGCAACAGAGACACUUACGGUAUUGGACCUUGCAGGAUAUUCUAUUGGAGAGCAAGGAGCACAAGAUUUAGCUGAUGCACUGUUAAAUGAUGUGACACUUAAUACACUCAAUCUUCAAGAGACUCAUAUCGGAGACAGUGGACUACAGCAACUAGCUUAUGCACUAGAAAAGAAUACGACACUUACUACACUUCACGUUGGAAAUAAUGAAAUCGGAAUAUUCGGAGCACAACAGUUAGCUGAUGCAUUACAAAUUAACUUAACACUUCUUACACUUCAUCUUCCAUUAAAUCAAAUUAUGAAUGAAGCAUUGCAAUAUCUGACCAAUGGAUUACAAUAUAAUACGACGCUCACUACACUUGAUCUUCGAUUUAAUUCAAUUGGAGAUAAUGACGCAAAACAACUCGCAAACGUAUUAGAAAAUAAUAAAUCGCUUAUUACAUUAGAUCUUAGCGGAAAUAGUUUGGGGGCUGCAGGAGUACAAUUUCUUGUUGAUGCAUUAACACGAAAUAAUACACUGACAACACUUGAUCUUAGAGGAAACAAUUUUGGCGCAAAAGGAGCGCAGUUUGUAGCUGAUGCAUUACCUCAUAUUACAACACUUACUACACUCAAUCUUUCAUGCAAUUUAAUAUGGAACAAAGGAGCAAAGUUUAUAGCUGAUGCUUUACUAUAUAACACGUCAUUAAGUAUACUCGAUCUUUCUGGAAAUGAUAUUGAGGAAGCCGGAGCACAAGACUUGGCUAAUGCCUUACAAAACAAUACAGUAAUCUUUAGUUUUCUUUAUUCAUAG